AUGGCGGUGCAAACCGCUCCCCAUAGUACCGAUAACGUGGUUAAGAACCAGUUACCCAGCUAUACAUCACAACCACCGUCGAAUAACGCUAAACGUGUAUGCCCCGACAAAAUUCCGACCCCCGCGGUCGAACUCGAAUUUAGGUCAGGCCCCGUAACAGCUCUACUCGACUCACAAGCACAAAAGUCGUAUGUAAGCCCGAACGUAGCACAUAAAUAUGGCACACCCCCACACGGACAACCAACUCAGCAGAGAAAAAUAAAAAAAUUGGGCUACACAAGUUAUGUGAAAAACAAUAUGCAUGCAAAAAUGUGCAUAAAAAUGACAGCAGCUUUAGCACUAUUACCACAUUAUGAAAUAGAGAGAGGGUAUCAGGAAAUAAAAAAUUAUGCACAAGCAAAUGUAGUUCAGUUGCCAAGAUUCUUUACGUACUUUUCAAGCUUUUGGGUAAUAAGAAAGGGGCCAGAAUGUUUUUCGGUAUAUGGUCAACCCCGCCGAACAAACAAUAAUAUCGAGAGCUUCCAUUCAUCCUUGAAACAAACGUUUCAAGUGAUGCAUCCUAAUUUAUGGAAAAUGCUAGAACACCUAAACAAUAUAAUGUUGAAACAACCUAUUGUUGUAAGUCAAUUGGCUAGAGGGUUACAGACAACAAGAGGCAUCAAAACAAAAUACAUAAUGAAUUCUGUGAGAAUUAAAAAUUCCACUGUACAAUUGGCCACUGGUGCAAUUACAGUUAGAGAAUUUUUAAUACAGUGCUCUCACAGUACAGACAACUGCAUCGAAAGAGAGCUAGACUGGAGAGAUGAAACUCAAAGUUCUGAUGAAGAACAGGAACUAGUGAAUAUUCCUGAUGUUCCGUUACCAGCUGCUGAGGUCAAUCUCCCUCCCAUAGGUGAUAUUCAUGCUGCUGAGGUUUAUAUACCAGUCGGUAUUCAAGAAAUAGCCGAGAUUCCUAAUUCUGGAGAUGCUAUAGUGGAACUGCCACAAAUUGUUGCAGAACCAGAUGUCAACAUUGUAGAAGAUGAAAACGGAGCAGAUUUUGUUAUACCAGAGGAUCCUGGAGAUGCUAUAGUGGAACUACCCCAUGUCGUUGAAGAAUCAGAUGUCCACAUUGUAGAAGAUGAAAACGAAGCAGAUUUUGUAAUACCUGAGGAUGCCGAAAUGGCUUUUUGGCAAAAAUUAUGA